AUGAAUAACUUAAAUCUUGUCGACAGUCAUAACGAAAAUACGCCACUGCUAAAAAAUCAUUUUGAUGAACACACUGCUGACACAUCUAAAGAUGAUUAUUGCAAUUUACAAAAUAUUCGUAAUUUCAAUGAGGCCGACAGCUCAGAAAGUCACCCCAUUUUUGUUGUGGAUAGUGAUACUGAUGAAUCUUCUAUUCCUUCUGGUGAUAGAGAUAAUUGUCAUCAUCAUCAUAAUCACGACCUUCAAAACUCUCAUUCAAAAUCUGAUCAAGAGAAUGCAAAAUUAAUGCAAAUAGGAAUUCAAACUGCUUUAGCUAUUUCUAUUCAUAAAUUUCCAGAGGGUCUUAUAACUUUCGUUUCUUCUCAAGCGUCUCGUUCCCUUGGUUUCGCCCUAUUCGCCGCUAUUGCUUUACAUAAUAUCAUAGAAGGUCUCACUAUUGCUCUCCCUAUCUAUAUCGCAACACGUUCACGAAUAAAGGCAUUUUUAUACUCUAGCAUUUUGGGUGGUUUUAGUCAGCCAUUAGGUGCUCUAAUUGGCUGGCUAUUUCUAAACGAGCCACCUUUCAGUUGUUGGAAUCACAACUUUAUUUACGGAGCUUUGUUCGCUGCAACCAGUGGUUUAAUGGGUGUUAUUUGCAUCAAUGGAAUGCUGCCUCAAGCAGUCAAACAUGAUACAAAAGAUGGUCAACUCGUGAGCUUUUUCUUUUUCCUCGGAGUCUUUUUCAUGGGCAUGAGCUCUGCAUUAUUUGAUCAAUCAUAG